UCAAUUCAUAUAAUAAAUACGAUGACUAAUCUAUGCAUCUGCCAUCCACAAACAGGAUACGGGACGGAAAUCUGGUUACUUCUGCAGAGCUUCAAUUUGAAUACAAUGCAAUGCUGACUGUAAUUAAUUUUCUAAAUAAUGAAUUACAUCUUGCAAUUCUGAAUGCUUUCAACACUGCCACACGUGUCCAGCGUGCCGUGACACCUGUUGACCUUGGAAUUUUGAAUAGCACUGAUAUUCAAGAUAUAACUAUAUUAUCGAACGAACAGUUAUUGGGUUACUUCAGCUGCAACGACUCUAUAUAUGCUGAUUAUGUGGUUGUGUGGGAUGAGCAAAAUGGAGUCGUUUGCCGAUCACCCUGUGACAUGAAUUACUGUAUGAAUCAAGCAGAGUGCCAGCAUCUGCUGACUGGACCUUCGUGCAAAUGCGUUCCACACACAAUAUAUUCUAGCUUCGGUGACCACUGCGAACAUCUAUCAUUGAAUCUCAGAGCAUUUUUUGGCAUUCUGUUCGGAGCUUUAGCAUUCUUGUUGUUACUGAUGUUAGCCAUAUUUUUAAUUGUGUGGAAGUGCAAAUCAAAUGGACGGAACAGAUUGAUAAAUGACACAAACAGCAUUGGAGAUGUGGAUCGGCAAAUAUUCUCUUGGCAAACUAAUCCAUUUUCUUCUAAAAUAAAAGAUACAAGCAUCUUGCCUACUUUGGCUGAAAAGAAUCUGUCAUCUUUAGCAUGGAAACCACAUCUUGAAAAUGUCAACACUGCAGCAGAGAUAAAAAUUCAAAGACCAUCACUCAGAAGUAACGGCGAUGAGUCCAAUAUACCAUAAAUUCACCACAAAUGAAAGCCUUUUGAGAACUUCAUUGAUGCUCUGUUUCGUGCAACAAGUGACCCACAGGUGUGACCUUUCAAUUCCACCGUGAAAUCAUCACAGGAAUCUGGGUUCAUCAAAUAC